UCAAAGGCAGUCAAGAAACGCUGAAAACAGAUACGCUUAACAUAAAAAACAUGCAUGCUUCUAUCGACCAAGGUAGCCAGAUGUCGUUUAAAAUACCACAAGACAUUGAUUUAAAGAGACGAAAGUCAAGAGAAGAUGUUGAUGUUCAUUUUGCAAGAGUUACUGGGGCACAAAACCGAGCAAAGACAGGAGAAUUUAAAAAAGGAUGCGUGAUAAUAUGUAUAGAUAUUUCGCCUGCCAGUAAUUCAUCAGUACCAUCUUCGUUACAUCUGGCUGAAGAGUUCAAACAUUAUCUGUUGGAUGGUGGAACUAUACCAUUAACUGACGAAUCACAAACAGUGUUACAUGUAGACAAAGAAGCUAGUUUCACGAUAACACCACAAACUGCUGCUAAAGAUG